AUGAUGUUCCGAUCGUUGAUACUGUUUGCUCUGGUGAGCUCUACGAGUGCCUUUAGCGCAGUCGCACCCAGCAAGGUUGGCGCCAAGGUAGAUUUGGACCCGGAAUACGCGGCGACGUUGGAAGGCGCUACCGCCAAGAUGGGAGAAGCCCUUGGUGACAAGAAAGAAAAGCUUUUGCCGAUGCUGAAGCACUUUGUGGGAGAAUACCUCGGAGCGGCGCAAGUGGGACGUGAAGCGGCACCUGAAGAUCAGAAGGAUUUCUACGCGCCUCAAGCAGCCGCUGGUCGUAUUAUGCAGGGCAUUCUGUACGCGCAACAAUUCGGCAUGCCCGACAGUCCCGAUCUCUAUACUUUCGACGUGACUCAUACGGCAUUGCGAGGAGAUGCGGAAACCGAAGAUGGCAAUACCGUGGAUUACUACGGCUUUGGCUGCGAUUUCUUCCGUCCUUGCAUGGAUUUGGAAAACAGUGUUGUGCUGGGCCAGGACAAUCUGAAAAAGGCCAUGGAACAAUUGGCCAAUGGCGACAAUGUCAUCUUCUUUGCCAAUCAUCAGUCGGAAGCCGAUCCUCAAGUCGUCAGUUGUCUCAUGGAAAAAGCGGGAUAUGCGGAACAAGCUGCCGAUAUGGUUUAUGUGGCUGGACACAAGGUCACUACUGAUCCUUUGGCCAUUCCAUUCUCCAUGGGAAGAAACCUUAUCUGCAUUCAUUCCAAGAAACACAUCAACGCGGAUCCAGACACCAAGUCCAAGAAACAACGGCAAAAUCUACAGGCCAUGAGUGCCAUGUUGAAAAAGUUCAAAAAGGGAGGAUGUCUGCUGUGGGUGGCUCCUUCUGGUGGACGGGAUCGACGUGACUUGGAGACAGGCGAAGUACCACCGGCUCCCUUUGACAGCAAGACCAUUGACAUGUUCCGUCUCAUGGGAAACAAGUCCAAGAAACCCAUGCACUACUACCCCAUGGCCAUGGUCUCAUACGAUCUCUGCCCUCCUCCUGACUACGUCGAAGCCGGAGUCGGGGAACAACGAAAUGUUCGAUUUGUUCCCGUCGGUAUCGAAGUAGGAGAGGAAACAGAAUCCGUCGGUGGUUUGGAAUCACGCAAGGAAUUCUGCAAGCAAGCAUUCCAAACCUGCCUGGAAGGAUACGAUGAACUCAACAAGGCCCUGGAGAUGUAA